GGAGGUCGAGGGAGUCGCCAUUUUGGAUGCCGAGCGGCUCCUCGGAAGUCGGCUUCUUCCGUUUCCACGUCCGGAUCCCUCCAGGAGGAGCAGAACAACAUGCUGGGCUCUGGGUUCAAAGCUGAGCGCUUACGAGUCAAUUUGAGAUUAGUUAUAAAUCGUCUUAAACUGUUGGAGAAAAAAAAAACGGAACUGGCUCAGAAGGCAAGGAAGGAGAUUGCUGACUACCUGGCCGCCGGAAAGGAUGAGCGAGCGCGCAUCCGUGUGGAGCACAUAAUCCGGGAGGACUACCUGGUGGAGGCCAUGGAGAUCCUGGAGCUGUACUGCGACCUGCUGCUGGCACGCUUUGGCCUUAUCCAGUCUAUGAAGGAGCUAGAUUCUGGUCUAGCUGAAUCUGUGUCUACACUGAUCUGGGCUGCGCCUCGGCUUCAGUCAGAAGUGGCUGAGUUGAAAAUAGUUGCUGAUCAGCUCUGUGCCAAAUACAGCAAGGAAUAUGGCAAAUUAUGCAGGACCAACCAGAUCGGGACUGUGAAUGAUAGGCUAAUGCACAAACUGAGCGUAGAAGCCCCACCCAAAAUCCUAGUUGAGAGAUACCUGAUUGAAAUUGCCAAGAAUUACAAUGUUCCCUAUGAACCUGACUCUGUGGUCAUGGCAGAAGCUCCUGUUGGGGUGGAGACAGAUCUUAUUGAUGUUGGAUUUACAGACGACGUGAAGAAAGGUGGUCCUGGAAGAGGAGGAGGGGGCGGGUUCACAGCCCCCAUUGGGGGACCUGAUGGGAUUGUGCCCAUGCCCAUGCCUAUGCCCAUGCCAUCUCCAAAUGCUCCCUUCGCGUACCCACUGCCAAAGGGACCAUCGGAUUUCAGUGGAUUGCCAGUGGGGACUUACCAGGCCUUUCCUAACAUUCACCCACCUCAGAUACCAGCAACUCCCCCAUCCUAUGAAUCUGUUGAUGACAUUAAUGGUGAUAAAACUGUUUCUUCUGCACAGAUUGUUGGACCCAAGCCAGAAGCUCCUGCAAAGCCCCCUUCCAGACCUGUGGAUAAUUACAACACCUUUGUACUGCCAGAGUUGCCAUCGGUGCCAGACACACUCCCAACUGCAUCUGCUGGAGCCAGUACCUCAGCAUCAGAAGACAUAGACUUUGAUGAUCUUUCCCGGAGAUUUGAGGAACUGAAAAAGAAAACAUAGGUCUCUUAAACCAGGNAGCAUCCACAUUCUGGAAGUUGAUACUGAACAGUUCUCCUUGUAACAGUGAAUCUCCAUGAAAUUCCGUUUCCUCUGUUAACCAUCACUGAGCACUCUUCCUUGGGGCUCUCUGCUGCUCUACCAAUUGUGUUGCUUUCCACUUCUUCAGUGAUCCUGAGAGACUCUGNCUGGAGCAGUUGGCUCCUAUUGGCUGUGUUUNCCUGUCUGUCUUCCUGUCACAUGGAUCCUUGGUUCUUUCACGGCCAUUCCAUUCCCAGGGAGUGAGAAGUAUUGUGGGUAGAGUUGCCAAAGAUGGCUGGACCAUGGAAGAGAGUACCCUAUGAUGAGUUUCAACCUUGNCUUGUAAAUACUUCCCUCUGCAUGGGGGUGAUCGUAGAGAGAAUCAAGGCUACCAUGUGUUUUCUCACAUGACUUAGAAGACGGCUCAGGAAG